AUGCAGACCGCCUGCGGGCUCCGGCCCCUGGCGUCGGACUACGCGGGCAUGCGGAUCGUGGGGGGCGCGGACGCCCUGCCGGGGGCCUGGCCCUGGCUCGUCAGCAUCCAGAUCCCCGCGCGGGAGGGCACGCGGCACUCGUGCGGCGGCUCCCUCGUCAGCCCGCGCUGGGUGCUCACGGCCGCACACUGCUUCAAAGCCAAGGGCAGGGUGCUGCCGCAGUGGCGGAUCGUGGCGGGCGUGACGGAGCUGUCGCACCUGACGGACCUGGCGCAGACGCGGGGGGUGCAGCGGGCCGUGCUGCACCCGGCCUACGACCCGCGCCGCGAGGCCAACGACAUCGCGCUCAUCCGGCUCGACCGCCCCGUGGCCUUCAACGACCUGGCGCAGCCGGCCUGCCUGCCCAGCGCCCACAUGGCUGUCGCCACCUUCGCCCCCUGUUACGUCAGCGGCUGGGGCGUCACCGACGAGAAGAGCCAGAAGCCCUCGGACAUCCUGCAGGAGGCCCAGGUGCACCUCAUCGACCUGGAGACCUGCAACGGCAGCCGCUGGUACAACGGGGCCAUCACCGCGACCCAGCUGUGCGCGGGGCACGAGGAGGGCGGCAUCGACAGCUGCCAGGGCGACAGCGGGGGACCCCUCAUGUGCCGCGACGAGCUGACGGACCGCUACUACGUGGUGGGCGGGGUUUAA